CUCGUCAUGGAAGCUCAAUACUCUAUUGUAGCUGUCGUGAGUUGAGGGACAUUUAUGUUUGCAAAUUGGUCAAGUUUUUUAAUCGUUGGAGAUUUUAAACUCUUGUGGAACUAGUGUGCAUGUUGCUCCAAGAUAAACCAUAUGAUAUGGGCAAGAUUGAAGUAGCUUCUUGUACCCAGCCCAGGCAUCACCAUCCUCUUGCUUGAAUCUUACAAUAUGGUCUUUUAUCUUAUCAUGCUUCCAUGUGGGAAGUAGUUCUCUAAUAAGGAUUAAGAGAAAGGUCCAGAUAGAUGAGAUUACAAUCAAUGAUUUUCUUUUUCUUUCAAGGAGAAAAGAAAGGGUAGGGAGAAGAGGCAUUUUUCAGAAGAUCAUAUCGUAAAGAGAGAAAAACAUAAAGCUUGUUUUGAGAAAGAGUUUUGAAAGAGAGCAAGAAGGAGUCCUUCUCCUAGGCUUCUCUCCUCGAAUUCGAAGAAUUAUUUGAAGAAGCAUAUUGAAGAGAAGAGGGAGAUCUCCUUAUCCUUCAAAAGCUAUAGUUCUUGACAUAUUGAUAAAAUUAACCCGAACCCUUAGCUUGAUUUUCUUAUUGUGGAUGCAUCAAGCAUAUUUCUAUUAAUUGAUUUUUCAUCUUAUUUAUCCAUCUAUCUUGAUGAAGAGGUGGGUAUUGUGUUUUUUUCUUAUUUUACAGCGAGAAAUUCAAUUAGCUUAAAGUGAACACACUUCUGUUUGUGUUGGAUUGCAAUUACUUGACCAUAGAGUUGUGAUACUUGGUUGGGAUAAAACACGCUAGAGGAGUCUAGAUUUAGCACUUUAGGUGUGUAAUUGGUUGCAUGAUCAUUGAGGCAAUUUGUGAAUUUAGAAGUCAUUGAAUACAUGAGCAUUUAUUCAAUUGGUAGUUCAAGAUUCCUCAACAUUAUAUGAAAUUAGGGAUAAAUGAAUUAGAUUUCUUAUAAUUUGACUGUUACCUAGGGUUAGGGGAAUUCUUAUAUCAAGCAAUGCAAUCAAAGUCUAACUUCUUGGAAAUGGAAUAACUCUAGUGCAAAUAUCUAGAUUAGUCGCAUGACGACGAUCUAUAACUAUCAUAGAUUAUGGACAUCAUGUUCUCCAUCAAUUGUUUGACUAGCUCGUUUAGACAGAGGGUAAACCCGUCGAAUGAUCUGAGUUGAGCACACAACUGACGAGACGCUUGUAAAUAAAAAUAGAAACAUAAUACAACAAGAAUAAAAGAGAAACAUAAUAAUUAUCAUUAUUAAGAAAUAUAAAAUAUUUUCUCAUCAUUUUUAGUUUUCUCUCUCUUUCAAACUCUGUAAUAAUAAUACAAAAUUUCAUUCUUUCUCGUUUUCUAUCCUUCUCUCCCUUGAAUCAUCAUCCGUGGAGAAAUCAUCCAAUUUUUUUCUUUCCUCCACGGAUUUGAUAACUUUGUUUCCUUUUCUUGACCUCUUCCUUAAUUCAUGAAGCAACAAUAUCCUUGUUUUUCCUUCAAUUGCCUCCCUCUUCAUUUACUUUAUACCCUUUUGUUUUAUUUUUCUUCUCGAUAAGCUCUUUUGGGGGGGAAUUUACAGGUUUCGUGUAAUGUUUUGAGUAAAAGUGCAAUGCAUUUUUAUUUUUGCAGACAAUUGUAGGUUAAAGAAAUUACUGGUUGUUUAGGGGGUUUUCCAGAAGAUGCACGUUAAUGUUGCUUGUAAUGUAUAUAGUUGUAGACAUUCAUAAUUUUUUCUAACCUUAUUUUAAUGGUUAGAGAAGCAGUUGCAAGAGACAAGCCGAAACUCAAAUUUUACAGAAAAUUGUAGGUUUUGGCUAAAACUUUCUUGAUAUUUGGGAGGGGGAUGGACAUUAUAUUUUAUAUACAAAAGCAGGAAACAAAAAUUUGUAAACUCAAUUUUUUUCUUAAUAAGGUUCAUUUAAAUUCUUAUAUAGAUUUAUUGAAAGAUGGGGGCAAUUUCGAGGACUAUUUUUCCUGCAUGUGAAAGCUUGUGUUUCUUCUGUCCUUCAUUGAGGGCAAGGUCCAGACACCCUCUUAAACGCUACAAGAACUUGGUUUCUGAUAUAUUUCCUCGAUCCCCAGAUGAGCAACCAAAUGAUAGAAAGAUUGGUAAAUUAUGCGAAUAUGCUUCUAAAAAUCCUCUUCGAAUCCCAAAGAUCACGACUUCGUUGGAGCAAAGAUGUUACAAGGAUCUGAGAAAUGAGCAAUUUCACUCAGUGAAAGUCGUUCUAUGCAUAUACAGGAAAUUAUUGAUUUCUUGUAGGGAGCAGAUGCCAUUGUUUGCAAGUAGCUUACUCGGAAUUGUUCACAUUCUAUUGGAUCAAACACGUCAUAAUGAGAUACGAACAUUAGGAUGCCAUGCUCUAUUUGACUUUGUAAAUAACCAGAUAGAUGGCACAUAUGUCUUCAAUUUAGAUGGUUUAGUUCCAAAACUGUGUGAUUUAGUACAAGAGAUGGGGGAGGAUGAGAAGAUAAAUGAACUUCGGUCAUCAGGGCUUCAGGCUCUUUCAGCCAUGGUGUGGUUCAUGGGCGAAUUCUCUCAUAUUUCAGCAGAUUUUGACAAUGUUGUCUCUGUUGUCUUGGAAAAUUAUGAAGCACAAAAAGGAUCAAAUAAUGAAAUGAUGAACACAAACGUUGAACAAAGUUCCCCUUCUCCCAACUCUGUGACAACCAUCCCCUCGUGGAGAAGCAUUGUUAGUGAGAAUGGAGAACUAAUUAACAUAUCUCUGGAGGAGUCCCAAGCUCCCUCAUUUUGGUCCAGAGUUUGUUUGCGGAACAUGGCUCAACUGGCAAAGGAAGCUACGACUAUGCGACGUGUUCUUGAAUCUUUGUUUCGCUACUUUGACAGUGGUGAUUUAUGGGCUCCUGAUGAUGGUCUUGCCCUCUCUGUACUAUUGGAUAUGCAAUCAAUAAUUGAGAAUUCUGGACAUAACACACAUUUUGUUUUGGCCAUCCUAAUCAAGCAUCUUGAUCACAAGAAUGUUCUGAAGAAGCCUACCAUGCAACUCGACAUUGUUAGUAUUUCCACUUCUCUUGCUCAAGUAACCAAGCCCCAACAGUCUUUAGCUAUUGUUGGCGCAUUGAGUGACAUGAUGAGGCACCUUAGAAAAAGCAUACACUGCUCUCUAGAUGAUUCUGCUCUAGGGAAUGAAGUAAUAGAGUGGAAUCGUAAAUUUCAAGAGGCAGUGGACGAGUGCCUUGUACAAUUAUCACAAAAGGUUGGAGAUGCAGAUCCUAUUCUUGAUGUGAUGGCUGGAAUGUUGGAGAACAUGUCAACCAUUACAGUCAUGGCAAGAACCUUAAUUGCAACUGUUUAUCGUACUGCUCAGAUUGUUGCAGCCAUUCCAAAUUUAUCCUAUCAUGAUAAGGCAUUUCCCGAAGCAUUAUUUUUCCAGUUACUUCGAGCGAUGGUCUAUGAUGAUCACGAAACGCGGGUGGGUGCACAUCGUGUAUUCUCUGUUGUCCUUGUCCCAUCCUCUGUAUGUCCUCGUACCGGAAAUGGUUCUAUAAUAGCAAACAAAUCAGCAGAUAUCCAAAGAAUGCUUUCAAGAACAGUGUCUGUAUUUUCUUCCUCGGCUGCACUCUUCGAAAAGCUAAAACGAGAAUCAAAUUCCUCUAUAACAAAUACCAAAGAUGAAAGCAAUGAUAAAUUUAUGGACUGUUAUGAUGGUCCUAUGAAGAAUUCUCCUUCUAUGAUGAGUAGAUUGAAGUCUUCAUAUAGUCGAGCUUAUAGCAUACAGGAGCCUACUCCACCACUGCCAGGAGAUUUGAGUACUAUGAGUGUUACAGAGAAAGAACAGAUAGUAUCCCUUAGGUUGAGUAGUCGGCAGAUAGGACUUCUACUUUCAUCAAUUUGGGCACAAUCCCUCUCACCUCUUAACAUGCCUGCAAAUUAUGAAGCCAUUGCUCAUACUUAUAGCCUGACAUUGUUAUUUGCAAGAACUAAGAACUCCUCGAAUGAGACUCUAAUUCAGAGUUUCCAGCUUGCAUUCUCUCUAAAGAGCUUUGCACUUGCAGGAGAAGGAGGGAGAUUAAAGCCAUCACGUCGUAGAUCAUUGUUUACCCUAGCAUCAUCUAUGAUUAUUAUUGCAUCCAAAGCCUACAACAUUCCUCCACUUGUUUCCACCUCUAAAGCUGCAAUGACAGAGAAAACGGCCGACCCAUUUCUCCAUUUGGUUGAUGAUAGCAAGUUACAAGCGGGUAACAUGGAUAUAAAUCAACCAAAUAAAGCUUAUGGCUCCAAGGAAGAUGAUGAGCAAGCAAAGAGGUCACUUUCAGCGAUCGUAACAUCAGAGAGUCAAUCUAAAGAAGCAUUGACAUCUAUGAUAAUAAAGUUUAUUAGACUACCAACCAAUGAAGAGCCAUCCAUGCGACAACAGUUACUUAGUGAUUUUAUUCCACACGAUUCAUGUCCUCUGGGAGCUGAAUUGUUCAUGGAUGUACAAGAAAGCAAGUCGAUACCAAAAGAAACAAAAAAUGAACAAUCUGACAAGGAGGCAUCAUCAUUGUUCACAAUUGAUGACAAUGCACCAUCAACAACAGAGGGUCAAGCAGAAGUUGAUAAGCAACAAGCUACUGAAAUCCCGAGCCUCAUUAGUGUAGUUGACCUUAUAACUGCAGUGUCUGAAACAACAAAUCAAGUUGGUAGAUCAUCAGUCUCAACACCACCUCACAUACCUUACAUGGAAAUGGCUGGCCAUUGUGAAGCUCUUUCUACCGGAAAGCAGCAAAAGAUGUUUGUUGUAUUGGCCGUCCAUCAGAGGCAAGAAAGCUUGGUAAAAAUAUCGGUCGUUGAGCAAAACAAGCCCAAACAUAAUCCAUUUGAUCUUCCCAUUGAACAGAGUGGAAACCCAUUCAUCAACCAAAACUUCUUUGAAGAUUUGCAACAUGCAUCUAGUGCAAGUGGCACAAUGCUUUGUGGAACUGAGUAUCAACAUCACCAAUACUUCCACUUGCCAGCAUCUAAUCCAUAUGAUAAUUUUCUUAAGGCCGCUGGAUGUUAAAGACUCAAAGAAUGCAUGCAUCAAAUAAAGUUGCGGAACCACCAGAAAUGAUGCUUCGAGAUAACGCUAUAGACAUACGCAAGAGCAUCUUUCUAAACUACCAAAAGGUUGUGUUGAUAUCAAUAGGGAAAUGAAGAAAAGAUGCAUCCUUAUGGGAAGAGAUUGCUCCUUAAGAGAAUCAAUAGUCAUUAUUGAUUGCAGAUUGACAAUCAGGCGUCGUUUUGAUAAAAUCGAUAAUGCCGACUAACGUCAGAGUAAUAAGCUUGACUUGAUAUAAUAAUGACAUGAUUUAGAAGGGAAGUGGUAUUCUUUAAAUGUUAUGUGUAAGAAAUGUGCACCUUGACUAAUAUAAAGCUAUCAUUCAUUUGGUUAUUGUAAGAAAUGGGCUAAAUUGCAAGUUUGGUCAUUUGAAUUACUAGUUAAGUUCAUGUUAGCCACUGGAAUUACUUUAUUCCAUCCGUAGUCACUUAAAUUAGGUUAACCGUCCAAGUUUGGUCACCAGCCGUUAGUCUCCGUUAACUUUUGCUGAUGUGGCGGUCAACUCUCAUAGUUGACCGUUAAAUGAGUAACGUUGCAGUUAAAAAAUUAAAAUAAAAUUUAAUUUAGUUAUUAAAAAUUUCCACCUCAUUAUUGCAACUAUUACAAAAUCAAAAAUAAAAAAUAACUUUUUCUAAUCUAACCUCCGCUGCAAACACUAGGCCCCGCCGCUGCUUGUCAUUCUCCUUGUGUGAUUGGGACAUUUCGGCGAACACCUGGGCGACAGAAGGAGGGAACGCGCCACCGAUUGAGACCAGAGUUUUCAUUGGUGGGUUUUUCCCAGAGAGGGCAGAGGUGAAUUGGGGUAGCAAUUAUUUUUUGGAUGGAGGGACGUUGAGCUUGUAUGUGGUGGGUUCGCGUAAGAUAUGAGUGAAGUGGGAGGUGUUGAUGGCGGAGGGAGGGAAAUCGAAGAAGGAUUCCUAGUAGGCAGCUCUGAUUAUUCCUGGCUGUGAGGGGUUGGAUGGUCGCGGCGCGGCUGAUGGAGCUUGGACGGCGGCCAGAGUAGGGGCGAGAGCUGGGCUUGAGGUUGGAGAAACAGAGUGGGAAGUGUUGAUCAUGAGGUUGAAGAUAGUGAGAAGGAGAGCGAUUGGUGCGAGUUUGGCGGAGGCUAUGAUUUGGGAGGAGGGAAAGAUUCAGUGGAUGGUUUGUGGAAGGCCGGGACCAUCAAAGGAUAAGGAAGGAAUGAGGGAUUUAUGGGAGAGGAGAGCAAACCAGAUUUUAUUGGUAACUGACCGAACAUUUUUGUACUAGCGCGGAUUCUUAUAUGUGCUGUUAAAGCACUUUCCAAAAUCUUUUUUGAAAAUUCAACAGACUAUAACUCAUUCUUUUUACAUCGGGUUUUAAAAAUUUUGCGUAGAAAUAUCAAACUUUGGUGCUCUACAAGAUGAUACCUAUUUUAAUAUUUUUGUAGAAAAACUUUUUCACAUCAUCUUACCAAUGUCAUAUCAUGAUAUGACAGUGGUAUGAUGGUAUUGUGGUAAGAUCAUGAUAUGAAAGUAGCAAGAUGGUUCUAUGAAAUCUUAUCAUAGUGGUAUGAUGGUUUUAUGACAGUAGUAAAAUAAUAAAAUAAUAUGAAUAUUAUCUUUUUGAAAAACAAAAUGCCAUACCACUACCAUUUCAUGAUAGUAUCUUAUUACAGUGGUAAGAUAAUAUUAUGAAGUCUUACCAUAAUGAUAUGACGUUGAUAGAACAGUGGUAAGAGUGUAUGAAGCAUCUUUGUCGAUCGUUAAAGAUAACGGUUGACUAGAUGGAGGUCAAACCAAUGUUGACUUUUGCUAACGUGGCAAAAAUAUAAUUGCCACGUCAUUCGACGCAUAAAUUUUUUUGGUUAAAAAUAAAAUUAAUAAAAAAUAGAAUUAAAAUUGGGGAAAAAAUUAAUCACCCCAACCCCUUCUCCCCUGCCGAAAUCCCAUACUUCCCAUUGAUAAUAUCGUCGAUAGAAGGAGGCUAAGGAGAACCCAGAAAAUUCUAUUGUUUACCAACUUCCGUCUCUUGUCUCCUUCGAAUAGAGAACCCAAAAAAUUAAUUGUUUGACCUACUUCCUUCUCUUUGUCACUUCAGAAGGAACCAUAAAUUUCAUAUCGACAAUGACCCAGGAAAGUUCAGUCCGCUUCUUCAAUUCCACCACCAUGUCGAUCUCUGAAUCUCACACCCCCUCAUCAAUCUAUAGAUGUGCCCAAGUCAAAUGAUGGCAGUGGAAAUCGCUUGGGCCGACGAUGGCUGAGAAGUCGACGAUAGUGAUGAUUGUUUGGAACGACAGUGACUGAGAUGAGAAACAGAGGAAGCCAGCGGAGAGGGGAAGUUCACGGCAAGGCAAGGUCAGUUAUAAUCGUCAAUAGCUUCGACAUCGGCAAUGACCCGACGGGGGCGGUACGGUCGACUGUACCCUUAUCAAGCGAGACCAAAUCCAAUUCAAUACUCAGACCCAGCUCUUCAAGCCGUUGCGAGACAAGCCCACCUCCAGCACUAAUCCAAAAUCCGACCCAACCCAGUUCUAUGCACUCUCAUAUUCUAGAUCUUCUCAAUCGCCCACCGAAAUCCUAAUUAUGAUAGCCUUUUAUCCUUUACUUUCGACUCUCGAUCAACCUCCUAUCUCCGGGUGUGAUUUUUUGCUUGAAGUGAGAGUGGAUUUUGACAAGCGGGGAGAAGGUGGAGUGAGGAGGUGGAGGCAUAUUGAGUUGGGAAGAGAUUGGGAGGCGUUGGUGGUAACUGGGAAGGAGAUGAGAUUGUUUGUUUGGGAGCGUUUAUUAAUUUAAUUAUUUCCAAAAUUAAACGUUUGAUAUUAAAUCGAGUAGAUGAGUUAGGAUUUUUAUUUUUUAUUAUUUAAAAAUUACAUGUCAGAUGUCACAUCAACGCUAACUAGAUGUUUUGUUAAAUACUAACGGUCAACGUUGGUCAACACUAACUAUAAAUUAUUCAGAAUAUAAAUGGAAUAUUGAAUAAUAUAGGACACAAGUGACAUUUUUAGGAUAGUUCGGGUGUUGUAGUAAUAUUUGCCCUUUUAAAUAUUAUUGAUUGUCAAUGAUAUUUUGUCAAAACCAUACCAAAACUCUACAAUGCAUACUAGAAGUCCCCCUAAAUAGACCGUAAAUCCUUGUAUGCAUACUACAAGUCUCCUAGAGCAAACCAGAUAGUCUACACUCUACAGUGCAUACCAGAAGUCACCCUAUAAAAACAUACCUGAAACUCUUGAAUGCAUUCCAUAAAUACCCUAAAGCAGUCCAGAAUGGUACAAGACAUACCACAACUUUCCAAAUAAAGACCAUAAACUCUAGAAUGCAUAUUCUAGAAAUUCUCCUUAUGCAUACCAAAAACAAAUGCAUGCAUACCACAAGUCUACUAAACCAAAUUAUAUACUCUACAAUGCAUCCAUAAAAUCCCUUCAAUUAGACGAGAUGACUCUUGAUGCUUCUGAAAUGGAUUAUGAGACCAAAAGGUGGACUUGAGAAAGCACUAGAGAAAAUGCGUAAGUGGAGACUUGUUGAAUAUAGGCUGUCAACAAGC